CACACACACACACAGUGCAGGCUUGGAUCACAAAGGCUAAAACACACAUCGUCUUAUGACGCCUGGUACCAAAACCUGAGCGUCGGGCGGAGAAACAAACACCGUGUGCUGCUUCACUUGUCAGUGCUGCUUCUAGAGGAGCCGAGAGCCGGGCAUCAAUGUCCCCGGAUUUCUCCUCUCAUAUCGGCCUGGACCUGUUCUCAUCAUCGGGCCUCUUGUGCUGAGAUAAUGAAAGGAUGGCCGAGCAGCGAUGCGGCUGGGACCACGGAGGACUGACGGAUGCUGCUGCAGCGACUCGUCGGGAUGUGCAGCAGCAUCACACCGCCAUGAAUUCACCAGAAGAAGCCGGAGCGGAGGACCUGUCUCUGGAGGAGAUACUGAAUCUUUAUAACCAGCCGAUUAAUGAGGAGCAAGCAUGGGCGGUGUGUUACCAGUGCUGCCGGUCGCUGGCGAAGGGACAACGGAGCAGAAGGAGCACCGCUGCUGCCGCCUCCACCACCGGAGCUUUAUCAGAGGCUGCUCCGCAGAGAAUAGCCGGUCCGGGGGAUGUUAGGAUACAAAAAGACGGGUCUGUGAAGGUGGAUCAUCAGGGUUGUGAAGGUAAAUUCAGCCCUUGCACAACAGCUGAGGUGAUUGAGUCUCUGGGCAUCAUGAUCUACAAAGCUCUCGACUAUGGCCUGAAGGAGAAUGAGGAGAGGGAGCUUAGUCCUCCUCUGGAGCAGCUCAUUGAUCUCAUGACCAACAUAGCUGAGGCCGAGAAGGACGCCUGCCCUGAUGAAGGUUAUGAGGCCACAGAGGAAGAGGAUGAGACAGAUGAUCCUGACAAUAUCUCUGGAGUUCACAGCUACAGAGACAUCCUGAAACUGUGUACAACUCAUCUACCCAGUCUGUCAAAUGCCCCCAACCACUACCAGGCGGUGUGUCGGGCACUCUACACAGAAACCAGGGAGCUGCGUACAUUCCUGGAGAAGAUAAAGAGUGCCAAAGAGAACCUCCGGAAAAUGGAGGAGGAAUCAACAGAGGAACCUGUCCGAGACCUGAAUGAGCUACAGAACGCUGACUGGGCUCGAUUCUGGGUUCAGGUGAUGAGGGACCUUCGUGAAGGAGUCAAACUAAAGAAGGUGCAGGAGCGUCAGUACAACCCUCUGCCCAUUGAGUACCAACUCACUCCCUACGAGAUGCUCAUGGACGAUAUCAGGUCCAAACGCUACAAACUGCGCAAAGUCAUGGUCAACGGAGAUAUCCCUCCCAGGUUAAAGAAAAGCGCUCAUGAAGUUAUCCUGGAGUUCAUCAGGUCCAGACCACCUCUCAAUCCUGUCUCUGCUCGGAAGCUGAAGCCUCAGACUCAGCCUCCUCCCACCCUCCACGAGCGGAUCUUGGAGGAGAUCAAGGCUGAAAGGAAACUUCGGCCGGUAUCGCCUGAUGAGGUCCGCAGAGGAAGGCUGGUAAUUCGGCCGCUUAGCAUGUCUUUCAGUUUUGAUGUGUCAGAUGAGUUUAGUCCAUACAUGGGCAGGAGGACGUCCAGCACUUUGUCUCUGAUCAACGGAUCAGCGUCUCCCAGAGUAGAACCCACCGGUUCCCAGUCUGUACCUCAGAGAAAAAGACUUCUGAAGGCUCCCAGCCUUGCUGAGCUGGACAGCUCCGACUCAGAUGAUGAGCCUGUUGGGCGUAAAUCAGCUAGCAGCUCUAGUGUGGCAACUUCUUUAAUGGAUGAUACAUCCCCUGAGUCGGCACUGGGGAAGAAAACUCCACCCAUGUUCCUGCCCAUCUCCUCUACACCUCAGCCAGAGAGGCGUCAGGCCCCACCGAGGAGACACUCCAUUGAGAAGGAAACACCUACCAAUGUCCGACUGUUUCAGCCUCCCUCCAAACAGAACUCCAAGUCUCUGACGGCACCCUCUCUCAUUCAGGUUGGGAUGAUAGCCUCAUUUCACUCCUGGAUACCCUUCCUCCUCCUCCUCCUCCUCCGCCCCUCUCCCUCCGCCCUCCACACUUUGCGGAGCUCCCACCCUCUGGAAACGUGUGUGUUGGGGUUGGUGAAGGCAGUUUUUGCUCUGUGCAGGGGUGUUUACAUCAGACGAAGAGUGUCUGCCAAGGAGGAGUUCUGUUUCCCUGUGGAGUGUCUGUCUCUGACGGUAGAGGAGGUGAUGCACAUCAGACAGGUGCUGGUAAAAGCUGAGCUGGAGAAGUUCCAGCAGUACAAAGACAUCUACAACGCAAUGAAGAAGGGAAAGCUUUGCUUCUGUUGUCGAACCAAGAGGUUUUCCUUUUUCACCUGGUCCUACAUCUGCCAGUUCUGCAAAAAGCCUGUGUGCUCACAGUGCUGUAAAAAGAUGCGGCUGCCAUCCAAGCCUUAUUCAAGUCUGCCCAUCUACUCCAUUGGCUCGACCAACACUCUCCCCAGAGAGAGAGUAAGUGCCAUGGCUGCUGUAGGACAAGGACUCUCUGUGGCUGGAGGCCCGGAGCCAUUAAAGGCAGCAGGAGGGGCCACUGCAUCCCACACUUUGAAAGGAGCUGCAAAAGCAGCAUCUAAAGGAGCUGGAAAAGCUUCAGGAGCAGCAGCUGCUGCUAAAGCUGACAAAUCCUCGGGGAGCCCACAGCGCCACGGCAUUCAGAAGACCAUGUCCAAGCUUUCAAAGCACGGCUCCUUAAAAUCUCACGAAGAACUGGAGCUUCCCCCGGAGCUGACGGAGGACUGGGCCACCAUGGAGGUGUGUGUGGACUGCAAGAAGUUCAUCUCUGACAUAAUCGCAUCCAGCAAGCACAGCCUGUCACUGGCCACCAAAAGGGCUCGCUUAAAACGCAAGACGCAGUCCUUCUACUCCCCGAAGGGACGGGAAGACUACAGACCCUCUGAACGAACAAUCAAUGAAAUCUAAAACUGCUCAUGUGUAUGUCAGAGAGCAGUCAGAAUGACGGUCUGUGUGUCUUUAUUUCUUUUCUUUUGUUUUGUUUUUGGCCUGUAUCACUGAUAUCAAAGUAUAUCCUGUAACUACUGGCCACAGACUUUGACUUGACAGAGAAGACUAAAGUUUUUUGUGAUGGCACAAUGUGGUCCAGCUCAACUCACAUUCAACUCAAAGCACAAUUCAGAGAGAGAAUGUGUGUAAACUGAGAGUGAUGCUUAGGAAACUGAAAAAAACAUUAAGCUGUACAUUUUAUAUGGGUUAUAAUUUAGUUUUUUACCUCUGUAUGUGUGUGUGUGUGUGUGUGUGUGUGUGUUAAAUGAUUGCUCAAUGAAAAACAUCACCCUCUGUUUUGGAUUUUUUGCUGAUGAUGCUCAGGGAGACCCUCCCUCCUCAAUGCUACUGUCAGCACAGCUGAAAGCAUGAUUCUGCUCUGAUAGAGGACACGAAGGAAAACGUUUCCUACGUUUCUUUUCCUCAUAAAACUGCAACUCAAAGACAUCAUUUAAAAAGAAAAAGCAUUCAGUUUUUAAUGCGGAUUUGUGCCAAAUAAUACUUUCUUUCUCAUCUAUAAGUCACUGAAGGAGAGGUUACUUCUCUGGUGGAUCUGCUGAGGCGGUCAGUCUGUGCAGGUUAUAGUCCAACUUCAACAUGAAAUGUCCGAGAUCAGUGUGGGUAGGGUUUGGUCAAAUUCGAUUUUCAGCAGUCUGGUGCUCUGGAGAAUCAAAGGCAGCAUAUCAAAAUGGACAAAUUAAAGUCAACAGGGACUGAACUAUUGAAAUUUUAUCUUUAAACUGACUGUCCUUGAUAUUUUUUCUUUUAAAUGCUAUUAUUUCAUGACUGAAAUAGCCCAGAUUUUUAGACAACUGUUUCCAGAGGCUGUGAAGUGCUCUUGAGUCAGUACUGUGGUUGUACAAGCAAAUAUGUCCAAACAUCGUAAGAUUCAUGUGUGGGGUUAUUCAGACUUGCCUUUCUUUAAUAAACAGGAAAUGUUUGCAUACUUUUGUGUUUUAAAAUGUACAUUAAUCGAUAAAUAUAAAGUACUUGUUAAUUCCGUUUCUUUUCAUUACAAUUCUUGACUUGUGUUUGAAUGUUUGCAUUGUGUAAAAAUUAGUCAUAAUAAAAUGCCUCAUGUACAGAUGAUGUAAUCCAGUUCACUCUAUAGGCUGCAAAAAAUAACUCAGUCCUGUUGUUCAGUACACACAGUAAGUCUUAUUAAAAUGCCUUUAUGAUUUCUGUUUAUCAUUCAAAGCUGGCAGGAAGUAAAAUCUUCCUCCUGGCCUGGAUGUGUUUGUUUUUAUUCUUCAUCACAUGUAUCAUCUUCCUUCUGAGAUAUUUCUGCCUUAAAAGUUGCCUUUUAUGAUCACUCAUACAUACGUUAGCCAGCCAUCCACUGUUACUGUACAUACUUUGUUUUUGUUGGUUUGUUUAUAGACCAGGUGUGUGUUGCCUCGAUGGAGACAGUGCUAAUGGUGACACUACUGUAGACGUGCAUCUCUGAGAGGGGAAUACUCCCGUUGCAUUGUGUUAAGGUGAAAUAUGGAGGAGGGUGAAUUGGAAGUCUGCAGAGGAAACUUUGCAGUGUGACAGACAGCAUCAUGCAUGUACUACUAUGUAGCUUGUACCCUCAGUCUGUAUACCUUUAAUCUGUAACUCCCUGCAGAGAGUGCAACAAAUGAUGAAUACAACAAUAAAAUUAAAUGCAAUACA